AUGAAGUUUUUUCUACCCAUCAUUUAUCUCUGGGCUUGGGUCAAUGCAUUGAAUCUUGAAUUUGCUAAACCAUCGCCGACCACCACUCUUCCCACUUUGGUUUGGGUAACAGGAACUGAUGAAAGUGGUAUUACAAGAACAACACAGUCUAUUUUCACUCAACAAUUCAGAGAACUAAAAACAAAAGUGAUGAUAAUGCCAAAAGCAGGGAAUUUGCACUUGGUUUCAAGCAAUUAUAAAACAGACGACGAUGGUUCUUCAACUAUGAAUUUCCAAAAUAAAUAUUCUCAACUCAAAGAUGAGGAAAGUAAAGGUUUAAAGAGAAAUGGAACUUCCUGGAAUUUAGUUUUUAUAUUGCUUAUUUUUACUACAGCAUUUAUGGUUAUUAAUGUUCUCUGA